AUGGAAGUAACCCUCCAUAACUCUUCGCAUGGUGCUGGUGCCCUCCCACUUUGCGGGCCCUUCACCUUGCUCUCCCUGAACGGCUCCUACUUAUACAACAACCACUACACCCUUCAUCCUGGAGCCACCCUUGUCCCUCCCUUAUCCUUUGGGAUUAGCUUUUCCACCUCUCAAGGGCAAGUCUUUGGCGGUGCCAUUGGCGGUAGAGUCAUUGCCGGUAAUGAUGUCAGCCUUUCAAUUUGCACCUUCAAGAACCCUGUGAUGUACAAGUAUGCCUCUAGAGACAAAGAAAAGAAUGAGGGUAACAAUAAUAACAACAACAAUUAUAACAAUAACUCUAAAGAUUUUAUUGGAAGUAGUGAGUUGUUGGGGUUCAACAUGAUUAGUUGUGGAGUCCGUGGGUGGUGA